CACUAGUAGUAUAUAGAUGAGCGUACUUGUUGUAUACUUGAAGGUGUACUUAUGUAAACUUAAAAUGACCUUAUAAAGUAUACCUAAAGUAUACUUUUAUAAACUUAAAAUGUUCCAAUUUAGUCCGAGGAAGUAUUAAAUAAGCAUACUUUCUAGUACGCUACAAGUACAUGGUCCACAGUAUACUUGCUAUACUUAUACAAGCAUACUUAAUAAAAUGAACUUCAAGUUUACUACUUUUUGGUAAGGGAAAAGAUUGUUCAAGCAAUGAAAUUACAGAGGAGUUCAUUAAAGAAGGCACUGUGUUUUACAGUCGAGAAACCCUUCAACACCGAUGCAGCUUAAAUCAAUAAUUUUAUGAAAUUGUAUUAUUUGACAGUGUUAAAACAAUGUGACAAAGUGAGAGGCCCCUCAUUGAGAUGAACUCUCCUGGACCAUUUUUGCUGGCAGCUGUUUCUACGUAGAAACUCUUUUGAACAUAGUGAGCUUAGCAUAGGCAGCUUAAGGUCUGGAUGCUGCCCUUAGUAGUUGUUAGAGACCCAAUACAGAGUUUCUACAUACAUAAAGAAGGAACUGUUUGCUAUCAGAUCAACGUUAAUAGUGGAAAAUGUGUAAAAAGUCAGGGCAGCUUCCUCUCUAACUUCCUCAUAACACAUUGGCUUUUAAGUCUUAACAUUUUUUUUAGACUCCUGGGCCUCACUGCUGUCAAGAGACGCUGAGAAUUCAGGAUGACGCUCACGAUCCUGUUCCUGCUUCUGUUCAACACCUCGGCCUGCUGCGGUUAUGGCUUUAAAGGCUGCUCUCGGAACUUCCCCGCGACCGACGUCAUGUGGUGCUUCAACCGGAAUAUCGCUAACCUCCCUGAAGUCAUCAGCAUGAUCCCAGAUAACACAACAACAAUCAACCUGUCCAAGAACAAGAUCCAAGUCAUCCCACCUGGUGCAUUCAGUAAGGUGCCUGGUCUCAAACAUCUGGACCUGAGCCAAAACCUGCUGGUCUCUCUCAAAGGAGGAGAAUUCAGGGGUCUGGACAUCCUCGAAUUUCUCAACCUCACCUGCAACAACAUCUCACACAUUACCUCCGACGCCUUCGACGGACUCUCCGGGCUGCAAACCCUGCUUCUGAUCCACAACACACUUUCAACAGACCAGCUUCCCCCCCGAUAUGACAAACAGGCAGAUCCGUGUUUUAAAGUAUAUGUGCGUCGUGAAUUGCGUACUUUGGACCUUAGGGAAAACCCUCUUACCUGUACCUGUGACAAUUCCUGGUUCAAGACCUGGGCCAUCUACAACAGUGACACACAGGUGUCCUACCUGUAUGACCUGCACUGUGACAACGAAAGAUCCUCUUCCUACCUGUGGCAGUUUGACGACAAGGCCUGCUCCUACGAUGAGGUCUCCUUCAUUCUCCUCAUCACCUUCUCUGUAUUGGACAUGUUGUUUGUAUGUGUGUGUCUGGCCUGGCACAAACAAGGUCCUACUUUGCGCUACCUGCUGCUCAUCCUCAAGGCCAAACUCCAUGGACGUAAGCGGGCAGCAGUGGGCAGAUUCCAGUAUGAUGCAUUCAUCUCCUACUGCUCUUCAGAUGAGGCCUGGGUGAUGGAGCAGCUGGUGCCCAAUCUAGAAAGGCCAGCCGCCGGUGCACCGAGGUUCCGACUGUGCCUCCACCACAGAGACUUCCGCCCGGGCACGGCGGUGCUGGAGAACAUCGAGGCGGCCAUCUACAACUCUCGCCACACUAUAUGCGUCGUCACACGUAACUUCCUGAGAAGCGAGUGGUGCUCCGUGGAGUUUCAGCUGGCCAGUCUGAGGCUCUUAUGUGAUGGUAGUGACGUCCUGCUGCUGGUGUUCCCGGAGGAGAUACCGGAACACUGUCUGUCUCCCUACACGCGCUUAAGGAAGAUCGUACGGAAGAGGACCUACCUUCUGUGGCCUGAGGAACCACAAGAGCAGGACGCUUUCUGGGUCCGACUGGUAGAUGCUCUGAAAGACGAGGAGGAGGGAGAGAGAGGAGGAGAUGAUGAACUGGCACGGCUGAUUGGCUAGAUCACUGACAAUCAUACAAAGACCAAAACUGCAUUUCAGGAAUUCUGUUUUUUUUUUUUUUUCUGUUCUCGUAUAAAAAAAUAGUUGAAAAAUGUGAAUAUGGGAGUGAAUGAUUCCUAUUCUGAUGCACAUUUGAUUUUUAUUCUAUGGUUAAUGUAGCAAUUAUCUGAUGUGCAUAGAUUAAUGCCAGCUGGUUCCACCACAAUCCUGCAUAAUAUAUAUAAGGUAUUAUGUAAUACCUGAAGAACAAUGAAUGGUCUUCGAGGAAACAAGUUUUGCAUAUAAUACAGGACCAACAAUUGUAUGGAGGUGGCUCAGGGCCCCCCUGGCCACCCCUUGGUGUCACCACUGUUGGAGAUACAAUGUUGUGUACCUUUGCUUUACUUAACGGAGACAUCAAGGUCACAGGGUUGUUCAUUAAAUAUAUUCACUCCUGAGCUUGUCAUCCACAAAAAUAUGAGUGAAGAGAGAAUUCCUGUGUUUCUUUGAACAAAUUUCAUCCUUAGUGCUGUAAGAGCCUGGGAUGUGCUGCCAGAAGAUGUGGUUUGAAGAGUUUUGAAAACAGGUACAUUUUGCUCAACAAAGUAUGCAAAUUGUGGGGUUUUUUUUGUUGUUGCAUGGUUUGAGUCAUAGAGUCUGGAAUGAAGGAUUUGUACCAGACAGCUCUCAAUAAAUUCCUCUUCACACUUCAUUGUUUCCGAAUAAAACGUGUUCCCACGGUACAGCUGGGUGAUGCAUUGUCCCUGUGAUACAGUAUAUGUGGGUGUUCUCCACAGUUGGCAGCUAUUAUAAUUUCACUUGAAGUUCCUUUUUCUUUGGUUUGUCAAGUUUUGUGUAUAUGGCUUCUAAACUUUCAAGCUCAUGAAUGAUGUGAUUUGCAGUGCACUCAUUGUUUUAGAUUCACCUUUUCAAUUAGGACCCAAGAAACUAAUGUAAUAUGUUCUCAGAUUACAGUCAAAUUUGUACAACUGAGUAUUCUUACAAGUUGUCUUUGUGAGUUUAAUUUUGUUUAAAUGUUGUCUUAGAUAGGUAUGCUAUGAUAUAAAGCCAUAAGUGCGAAUUACUUAGUCGACGCUUGCUCAUUUUACAUUACUGCUCUGUUGGAAAAGUCCUGCAAGAAGAGAGAAUCGAUAUUUAUCACCUGGUUGGUUUGAUGAAUGAGUUUAAUAAACAUCACCUGGC